AUGCCGAUGCAUCGAAAUGGCACAAGAAUUAAACCUGAGAGAACGCCUAGUCAAAGUCUGGUUCCAGAACCAGAGGAUGAAGUUCAAAAAGGAAGAGGAACAAAGGGCGUCAUCGCCUACUCGGACAUUCCCUUCAUCUACUCCUAG